AUGGGACGGCUGAGAAAUGUGUCGGUGUCGGUGUGGUUGGUGGUGAUCGUUUGUAGCGUGGCGUUAACCGUGGCAAGCGGCCUCGAGGGCAGUGGACAAGGUGAGUCCACGUACGAAGAAUACGAUGACGAGGGCCCGUACCAGGGCGGCUACCGGGGGGAAGACCUUGACAGCCUGGAGGACUUAGCCGUCCACGAAGAUGUGCUCGAUCCGAUCACUGACGAUGACAUUUCUUACUCAGGAUACGAUUACGAAGAACAGCCGGACGACGCCGUUACAUCGUCUGCGAGUGCCACAGUGACUGCACCCUCGACCGAUUCCGUACUGCGGCAGCAUGUGAUGCUCGGGAACGAUUCGUUUAGUGAAACGGAAGAAAAGCAAUCGAUCUCGGUGGACGAUGGGCAAAGUACGCCACUCCCCGGUGACAACGUAACGGGGAACGGGCUUGAUCCAACGUCCACUACCUUUGCACCGACAAACGAAAACAGCUGCCGUGAUCGGCAGAAAUUAUUAAUUCAGCCAACGUUUCUAAGCCGCAACGCAAGUGUGAUCAAAAAGUGCUGCCCACGGGGUGAGAGCUUUGUAAGGGAACACGCCAAGUACGUGUCCUGUCAGCAUGAUGCACUCAGCACGAUCUUACCCCAAGCGAUAGUGGCCCAAUUCUAUCAAGACUGCAUUGAAGACCUAGAGGAGGACAUACAGCUAGAGGUGCUGAUCGGUAAUCCUUGCCCCUAUGACGGCGGCAUGGUGUCGUUCAGCGAGCGUACGAACGAUACGCUGUACAUCAUCCAAAACGGUUCGUUGCUAGUGAUCUAUGGCGGUAAAGAUUAUGAUGUGUACGACUCGUACUGCUUGGAUUACGAUCGCGACUAUCGAACGCUGAUCGGAUACGUUUGCCCUUCGGAGGUGCGCAUAAUGGUGGAUGUUGUCAAGGGCCAACUAUUUCUGCUUAUUCUCUGCCUGAUCAUUGCCAUACCGGCGCUGCUCGUUACCGCGGUGCUGUACAUGAUCAUACCGAAACUCCACAAUCUGCACGGCCGUGCUUUGGCGAUGAACUGCGUGAACUUUGCGGUAGCUCUGCUGCUGGAAUGUUUCUUUCAGUAUCGAAACCGCGGCAAACGGAUGCUGAUACAUGACAUGGUGCUGAAGAAUUAUGCGGAAUAUUUCAUACUGGCCACGUUCUUCUGGUUGCUGGUGAACUGUGCGAACAAUUGCAUUCAUGCCUGGUAUUUUGUACCGGCGGGGAAGAAAUUCAACUCGCGGGAAGAAAAUCAACGAUUUGCGGGUUACGCAGCAUUUGCGCAGCUUGUUCCAUUGUGGAUUAUUUGGAAGUGGUCUAGUACACCCGCAGGCACGCCGGCCGUUAAGAACUAUCUGUUUUAUCCGAUCCUUGCGACUUGGGCAUUGGGCUUCAUUUUUCUCCUGGUAACAUUAGUUGGGUUACGGCGCUUAAAAGAGAGUCACUUUAACAGUCUUAUAAUAUGUCGUCGUUUGCUACUGGAAGGGCGUGUAGAUGAACUAUGCAAAUUUUCGCCAAUUAACGGGCGCAAGGUGAACAAAGUUAUCUACAUGUCGAAAUAUACGAUACCACUGUUUGUCGUGAUGGGCAUCAUCUGGACGGUCAUGGCAGUGACGUACUACCGGUCAUACGAGCUGCCAAUCUUCUACGACAUUCUGUUCGGCUUACAGGGUAUACUGAUGUUCAUCAUCUUCGUCUGCAUGCCACGCCCCUGGCAAACGAUUAGAGAAUGGUGCCGUGAUAAACGAUACUGCAUGUGGAUAUGUCCAACAGGCCCGGGAGAGGAACAAGCGGCGGUAGAGGAAGCACCUAUGAUGCGACAAUUCGAACACGUUCAGAUGUGUAGAAUGCCUCGUGCAUGUAAUGUGACGUCAAAACAAGCGGAAUGUGACGUCGAAACACAUCAAUCGCCACAGAAUGUGUCAAAGUCAAAACGGAUCUUUAGAAACAAAAAUCCUUUCAUAUAUCUGGAGGAAGACUAA